AUGAAGCCAAAGCCGAAGACGAACAUAAUGGUGAUAGAGGAACAUACCCUUAAGUGUAGUAAUAGUAGUGGUGGUGGUGGUGGGGAUGGGGGUGGUGGUGGUGGUGGUGGUUCAAGUGGUAGUGGUGGUGCUACGAGUAGAGGAUCGAAAAAAGUGAAGCAGAAAAAAAUACCACAAAGAGGACUUGGUGUUGCUCAACUUGAAAGGAUUAGAAUGGAAGGGGAGAAAAAACAUGAAAAAGAUGCAAACUUUCAAACACCUAAUGUUUUGGUACCAAAUUCAGUUCAUUCUACCAAAACUAUGUCAAAAUGCUUAGCUGUUGAAGGUUCUAGUUUUAGGCCUAGUUCAAUCACUUUACCACCACCAUCAACAAUGGAUCUGCUUUCGAAAAAUAGUGUCUUUAGACCAGAUCUGUCUGCCUUAGUUCUUGAUGGUUUCCGUCCCAAGACUUUACAAUCAUCAAAACCAAUGAACAUGGGUGGAGGGGAGUUAAGUUGGUCGUCUGUUUCGGGUCCAGGGAGUGAUAAAUGUCCUAAAUUGUGGAGUUGUGAGUACAGUCCUGAAAGAGAAAGCAAACAGGGAAAUCGUCAUGGUGUUGUUUUCGGGGCUAAUGUAGAUUUGCCAAAUGAACUGCAUAACCCCAUUUUACCUCUACCCAGUGUGCUGCAAAGAUCACAACAAUAUCAGCAACCUUCUUGUUCUUCAUCAAUGAUGAAUAUCUCAUCAGGGAUUUCAUCAUCAUCUGUACUAAAUUAUCAGAUGGAGCCCCCUUCAAACCAAAAUUAUUAUUCGUGUAAUUAUUUACCUCUGUGGCCUGAAGAUGUGAAGAUGGUUGGCAUGAAGAGACCAUAUCCCUUCACUCCAGAGUUUCCACCAGUCCCUACAUUUCACUGCAAAUUUCCUCCAGCCUAUGUUAACCUUGCAUCGAGAUCACCUGAAUCAGCUUCCUGCAGCAAUGAAUGUGCAGCCAGUUUAGAAUCAGGAAAUUUGCUCAAAAGAGAAGCUCCUUCAGGAUCAAGGACUCUAUCCGAGUCCAAACCAAGGGAUGUUAUCAGGCAAAAUAAAGCUCUCAAUGGAGAUUUUCUCACGUUGGCUCCUCCUACAGCCGCUUCUCCAUAUCAGCAUUCAUCUAAUUCAAACCUUCAGAGUCUAGAGAGAUUUAGAUUGGAAUCAGUGACUUGUCAGGGAGUUGCUGAAGAACCUACUACAACAAGCUCAGCCCUAAGCAAAUCAGUUCAACAAUCCAUCUAUGGAUUCUUCCCAACUGCCAAGGUACAAAUCAGCCAAGAAGGAACAAACAAACGCAAUUGCCAUGUUGAAGUAGGAGGAAACAUUGAUCUCAAUCUGAAGCUGUAGAAGUUAGUCAUUACACAUGGUUGUGCUUCUUCCGGGAGAAUUUCUGCUCUUCGUAGGAUGGCUAGUUCAAGUCCUAAGGUGUUAGUUUCUGCAGGGCUUUCAUUCCACUCUGUGGUAGAACAACGUUUCUUCUGAUGUAUGUCUUUACUCACAUGUAAAAUAUGCCUCAUACCAGAGGGUUGGAUUAACCUCCGGACUCUGCGUCCAUGAUGGGAUGACGAAUGAGAUUUUGAUUGGAAUUUUCAACUAGGAUGUCUGGAUUCAGGUCUUUCUGGUACCUUAACUUCUGUAAACUGUUACCCUCUUCUGCGUGGCGAGUUAGAUUAUUAUAUUUUCACAUGUCUUCAGUUCCACGAGGCAAGUGAAAUGCUGAGAAUUCUAGCUGUAGUAACUUGUUUAAAUCAAGUAUUGAAC